CAUCGUUUCUGAACUAAAAAAAAUCAAUAAUCCGUAACGCGCAGCAGUGUUUCACUAUUUUUGCGAUUGUGUAUUAUUUUUGUGUGCAAUGUGUGUUAUCAAGAUAUAAUAGUAAGAAAAAGUGUAAACAUUUAUUUAGAGACAAGGAUGAAGGUGAGGUGGACAGAAUGCCACACGUUAAACUGAAAAAAAGAGUUCAUAAUGCACCUGUGAAAUUGGAUUUUGAUUACAUACGAGAAAAACUACUCCAAUAUACCGAGAUACCGUUCGAAAAUAGAACGCGAAAAAGUACACGGAAACAAAAGCCAAAAACGAAACACACUCAAAAUAAUCAAGAACUCAAGAAUAAAAAGAAUCUUGCUCGUUCUAAUCUACGAGUGAUUCAGCAUGCCACAUAUAAAACGUCAAACAAUGAGGAGUCUGAAAAGGGCCACGACAAGGUGUACUAUCCAAAAAUAAUUCCAUCCAUCUUAGGAAAAAUUAUUGAAAAAAAAUAUAAUGAACCCGUGCAUUUAGAUGAUAAACAAAUGCCACCAGAAGGUUUUCCAGUGGCAAGCAGACGGGAUGAAACUGAACAAUCAGUAAAUGAUACAGAAAGCUUUGACAAGUUUGAUUCGAUACCUUUCAAUGCGUUGUCUAAAGAGGAGAUUUAUGAAGAACAGCUGAAACUCGUUUCCAAGCCCAAUGAUGAUUUUACAGUGGCUGAGCAAGAAACAGUUACGGAUGAAUCAAUCCCUCUUAUAUCAGACCACGAUGAGAAUAAGUCUGAUCCAAUCAAUUCUCAAUCUGAUAAAAUCAAAAUUAAUAACGACGAGUCAUUUUGGGAUAAUGAUAUUUUCACUAAUAUUGAUGUCAAUAACUGGAUGCAUUUUGAUACUAUUGAAACGGAUAAAUUGGAAUGGAUGAAGAAUAUCGAAGAAAACAAAACUGUACAACCAGACGAACCUUACGUAGCGAGGUUCAAUUUUAAAGGUUAUUUACUGCCAUAUACAAUGCCUUGUACAGAAGAGACUAGAACUUUAUUUCACCAUGGUGAGGAAUCGCAUCGCCCUGGAUAUUCCCUUUCGGAGCUAUUUGUGUUGAGCCAAUCGGAGUUUCCACAACAAAAGGCUAUGGCGUUAAAUACAAUUGCCGGAAUAUUAGAUUAUUACUCGUUUAGAUGUAUUGCUAGGAACUGUAGAAGGCAUGUUACAACCACAUUUAGGGUUAAGAUAUCCACAAUCAGUUUUAGAACCAGAACUCAGCAGUUCCGAAAAAAAGAUUUUUAUAUCGCCGAAGUAGAUAUAUUUACUGUCCUUAUAAAAAGUGAUAUAAUUAAAAGGUUCUAUUAUAUUUUGGAAACAGUCAGGCCUAGUAGUAACUGUGUUCAGUAUUGCUUACAAAUCAUAACAAGGCUGGCUAGGCAAAAUAUGUCUCUAGUCGAUAAAAUCAUAGAAUCUGAACAUCUAAUGAAAACAAUAAUAAAAAAUUUCAUGCCUACAACCAGUCUUAAGUCUCCGUAUAAGACACAACAUGUUUAUGGCAAACCAUUUCUACCAGCCGUGAAAUUAAUAAGAGUUCUUACUAUACAAUCAAAAGAAAAUAGCGAAAUCUUGGUUGAGAAAUAUGAAAUUAUAAAGCCAGCUUCAGAAUAUAUUAGCUCAAAUGUAAAUGAUAAUUAUGGAUUACGAGUUCAAAUUGAAUCGUACAGUAUAUUGACCAAUCUGUUACAUGUUGGUGUUGGACUCGGAACUAUUACGUCAUUAGCCCCUAUUAUAAUCGGAUCAUUCCAUAAUCAUGUAAAACGCACAGACGUGAUAGGCAAUUCUUCAGUUUUAUUAGCUACACACGCAAGUUGUGUUAUUCAGUCGGUAAAUAAAUUAGUAAAUUGUAACACAGUCAAUUUUAAUAAAUUUAAACAUCAAGUUGUUCCAAUGGUAAAAGAGGGACUAAAGAAAUGGAUUGCACAAUUAUUACAUGCUGAUACGUAUACUGCUGCAAUGUUACGCCCGAUUAGUUCAGCUUUAUAUUUUUGUAAAUGCAUUAUGCUAACAAUGAAGGCCCCGUUGAAAUUCCUCGGUAUUCCUUUAAAAGAAUUAUCAUCUUGCAAAAUAUACAAAGAAAUAGCAAGUAAACUUGUGCCAUGCUCGAAUUUAUUAUCUGGUUUACAACCUAAAGACUUUCACACGGCCAAAAAUUUAAAAACUCUUUGUACAACAGUCAUAGAUUCACCAGAUAAAGUAUUACCUUUACUACGCAAAGAUUCACCGUUUACGUUUUUCUCGGGUAUAUUUAGCGUAUUGUGUUUAUUGGAGGAAAACGAUUUAGUGAGUGUGGUUGUUGCUAAAAUGGCACCUUAUUUUAAACGUUUGUAUACCUUAAAAGAACCAAGUCUAUGUAGCAAUUGGACCACAAGAAUAGAAAUAUUUUUCCUUUUUAAUUUUGUGAUAACUGCAUUUUUCAAAGAAACCAAAUUAAAUCAAGAAUGGCUUUUUACCAUAUCGCAUAAACUUUGUUACGUUUUAAGGAAAGAUGAGUGGUCUAAGCUUGAAUUUCUUUUUAGCUAUAUAAUUUUUAGCAAAAAAUUUAUGACUCCUGAAAAUGUUUUCGAUUUUAUGUCAAUAACAGGAGUAGGAAAUCCAAAUAAAACUCUGAAUUAUUUUGCAGAAAUUAAAUUACGAUACAAGGAAUCAUACAAUUUUUAUAUAAAAUUUAUUAAAUGUAAGGAUUUAUAUUGGGAACAGCCUAUUAUUCCUAAAGAGUGGUUAUACUUGCCAAUUUCGAGUUUGUACGAGAUGAAACAUAGUUUAAAUACUGGCGUGGAUAAAGUAGAAACAAUUGAUGAAUCUAAAAUACCAUCCUUUGUCGAAUGCAAUUUAAGAUGGAUCUUGUUUAUUGAAAAGUGUUAUCCACAACUAACGCGUAACGUAGAUGUGACAGAGAGGUUUCUGAGACUAAUGUCUAUUUUCUUACUUGGCAAGUCAAUAUUUGCGAAAUCCGUAAUCAGAGAUUUGCUGAGAAAAUGUAUAACUUUAAUGUUUAAAAGGACAAAUGAUUUUAAUUUUGAGAAAAAGUUUAUGGGUGUUUAUAAUUUUGAGGAUUUUUAUAGAGAAAUCUUAAAGCAGUUUCAGGCGGCCGGUACGGAUGAUCCCACAUUCGUUGCGUGCGUCAUGGUGCCCGUGGCUCAGGUGCAUAACGUAAAGUGGCGCAGAAUGCUGUGGUCGGAAUUUUCCUCUUGCUUAAAGUCUAUCAAAUGUCCAUCAGAAUUGUUGCACUAUAACGACAAUGACUAUAUGUUCCCCCUGGAAACGGACGAAUCUCUCCUUAACAUAUACACCCGGGCGAUUACCACUUUUUCCUUAAAAUCUUCCACAUUAACGUAUACAAUAGCUCACCACCAUAUCAAGUCGUCGUUAAAAAAGACCUCUAAAACAAAAGCUAAAAAGGGAAAUACAGCUAUUCAGAAUGAAAGCACGGACGCACCUUAAAAAUAAAUUAUUAUAAUUCUAUGUAGGCAGGUACUUUUAGUACCAACCUGUAAUAUUUAACAGAACAAAAUUGUCUAUCCAAUCGGUUGGUGAGGCAAUAUUGUAAUGGCUCUUAAAAAUAAGAUUCCAGGGUAUUGUUACUUAUUUUUGAUAUGACUAUAUGAGAAUUUGCCGCUCAAUUAACACUCAUAUAAACUAUUAAUAAUACUUAGAUAGUUUAAAUAUAAGAUUUAGGUAAAUCUGUUUUAGAAUGACUGGAACUACGUACGCAGGAAUCAACCAUGUCUUAUGGAAAUCCUGAGAUAACUGGCAACGUAUGUUGCGUUCGGAAAUCGAUUUGUAUCACUGUGAGAGUGAUUUUGUCUUUAUUAUCAACUAUAAUACGAAUAUAUUACUAGUAUAUAAUAUUAGAUGGAUAGGUACUUGAAUGUGGUUCAUUAAAAUUAAAUUUAAAUAAUAACUUUUACGAGUUAAAGAUUAGAGAUAGUGAAAUAAAAUGGUCUCAAACAUAUGUUUACAUCAAGGGACCGAUUUUGGGCUGAUCACGUCUGUGAAUGGAAAUAGAGUGAGUGUCGGCAGAUGAGAACGGAAAUUUCAAUUUUUUUUUGUUACAUAACAAUUUAACGAUAACUCUUAUUAGUAACAGUGAGGCUGUUAAUUCCCGUUAUUGAAAAAUCCUCUAUUCCCAUAAUCGAAAUGUAAGCAAUGUAUAAAAAAUGUACAGUAAAGUCACUUACCCUUAAUCAGAUAGAGGAAGCCGUAAAUGAUGAUUUCGCAUCUAAGAUCAGAUAGAAAGAGGCUGAUGAUGAAAUUAAAAUAAAUAUAUAAUAUCAUAUAUUGGGAGUUGUAAUGUAAAAUAUAUACAGAAAGAUCUUCAACGCUGUUUAACUUGGUGGUACUAGCAUGAUGACCCCGCAAAGAUCUAUUAAGAUUUACCAGAGGGAGACUUUGUACAAAAAUCGUUUGCUUGGGUACCUCUGUCUUAUUCGUGUUUCAACCGUAAAGCAGUUGUUUGCUUUCGUUUUGAAGGGUGGGAUAUGGCAGUGAAUUUACAGGGUACAGAGGAAUAACACCUGAGUUCUCAAGAAUGACAACGCAUGAGGGGUAUUAUGAGCGAAACAGUAUACUCUGUUAUGUCCAUGGUACUGCUCAUGUCUAUAGGCGACUGUUACCCCUUUUUCAUCAGGUGGGCCGUCAGCUUGUUUGCCAUUCUAAGUUGCAUAAAAAAAAUCUUUUUUGUCGAUGAAAGGCCUCUAUGUCGAUGUACGGCGGACGCCCCAUAAAUGUAAGCCCCAAUAUCUAAACAUUAGUUAUGGCUAUACCUAGUUAAUAUGAUAGUUAUUUUAACUUAAAACGUUAGGUAGGUAAUUUUAUAAUUUUAUUUAUUUAUUUGCAUGCCACGAGCUAAACAAUUAUUUUUACUUUACAAAUAUAUUUAGGUAGAUUAGUAUAUAAGACGUGACGCCUCGAAUUGUGGAUUAAAGUCAACUGAGACUAUAUUUUACCUUCAUUUACUUUGCAUAUCUUACGAAACAGUGCAUCUUAUUUAAACUUAAUCGUGUUAUGAAACAAAUUGGAAGAUUCCAUAAUAACUAUUUGUAGAUGUGUCUCUAAAAUUAAUUAAAUUAAGCCAAUAAAAUACAAACUAAUGAAAUUAAAUUCUUUUUAAAUGCAGUUUUUUCAGAGUACAAUUUGAAUAAUUGUAUAUUUAAAUUUAACUUAUUUAUUUUAGAAUCAAUUUAAUAAUUUUAGAAUUUUAGAGAUAAAUUUAUAAAAUGAGAAUUUAUGAUUGAAGUAAAUCGCGUUAACUUUUUAGAUAUCUUACUGAACUACACUGAUUACUUGUUUAGUGUUAUUUUGUUUAGUUCUGCUGUCAUUGUAGAACUUCUGUUAAUAACAAUAGUAGUCAAUCUUCGAGUGUUGCCAGUCGCACACAUAUUAAUGGUAGCAGAAUUAAACAAGAUAACUCUAAUUAAAUAACCAGUUUUAAUUUUCGGUAUACUGAACAACUUUUAUACAACUAUAUAAUCAAAUUCACUUCAUUGCUUCCUUUUAAUUUCUUCCUUUGAAUACAUAGCUUUUGUAUUGUUAUUUAUAGAGAAAAUAUGUAAGUAGAUAGUUUUAUAAAUACCUAAGUGAAUACUAAAUUAUAUUAUACUAAUAUAGGUUAUAUACUAUAAAUUUUAAUAAUUUUUUUAUAUCGUGUCCUUAAAACUAGGGUUUCCGAUUUUAUAUAAAUUAACGAAACUCGAUCUUUCUGACCUCCUUUUUACAUUUUUUAGACAGAUAUUUUUGAGACAUAAAUUUAAAGAUUGACGGAUGAACAGCUCAAGAUACUGAUCCCAUUCUAUAUUUUAUCAUUCCUUGUUUAUAUGUAUAUAGAAUGGGAGAAAAAAAGAAAACUUUUGUAAAAAGAUGCCAUCUGACAUUUCUUGAUUGGAAUCGAUUGAAAUUAUUGAUACUAUGAUAUCUUGAUGGCCAUUGCAGUGUAGUGGCAACACUGAUUGUUUCGCGCAAUCCAAUUUUUGAUACUAUUUACUAAUUUAUUAUUUUUCUUUAAUAAGCUCCGGUCUUGUUGUCUCAGGUUGUGUCUCCAGAUAUCCCUUGUCUGGUUACUCGUCGUACAGGGUAUCUUAGUUUCACUUAAACAUUAUGAAGUGUUCGUUUUGUCGCAGCGAUUGUAGCUUUCGCGUCGAUACCAGACUCGAUUAUUGGUCAAAUAUAAAGUAUAAAAAAUCACGAUACGUAAUUAUCUGAAUCAGGAUAAAAUGUUAUACUGAAAAUAGAGCGUAAUUUACUUAUAUAGGUAAUCUGUAUCAUUUCUUGAUGGGAACAAUAAAAAGUUUUUCAUUUAUUUAUAUCUAACGAUCAUAUGAUAUUUGUAGUCAAACCAUAGACUAACCCACUAAAAACUAAAAUCUUCUAAUACAUUGUUUUGUCACCUUCUUUUAAAUUAGAUUCUUUUUAAUUAUUAAUUAUUUUAAAACAGUUCAGUAGAGCUAAAACAAUUUUAUAGGACGUAUUUAUGAAUAAGGGGGUUAGUAUAACGUCUUUUAAGAGUUAAACCUAAGCCUAAUAUAUUCUUUAAAAUUUUAUAAAAAAAAAUUAGUUUAAUAUGAUACAGUUUUUUAUUUUACUUUUCUUAGUACGCAAAGAUUUUUUGUUCUUAGAUGGUAUAUAUUCCAUUUUGCAUUUGUCUUACGAAAUGGUAACUAUUUUUUUUUUUUCAAUUAUAAUUAGAGUUAUGUUAUAGUGUCACAUUUGUAUAGGGGUUUUAAAUCUUGUUUUUUUUUUUUAUUUUUAUUCUGCCAUAAGCAUAUUUAUUAAUGAUAUAUGUAUUAUGAUCAUGUCUGGUAUGAUGUUAUUUAGCUUCAGUCGCAGCGUAUAUGUUGUUUGUUCCUUGUUAGCGCAUUAAGAACGAUUCUGUAAUGUAUUUCUCUAAAAUUAGAGAUACAUACAUAGAGUCGUUACUGUUUAAAAGUAUAAUUAGAUCGAUUUUAAAGUAAUUCAAUAUUUUGUGUGUUAGAAUGUGUUCAUAAUAUAAAUAUAUACACGUAUCUGAUUUUCUUUAAUGUGUUCUUAUUAAAGAUAUUGUAAAUAUAUAAGUGUUUCUAAAGUUAUUUGAAUGUUUGUUACUUAAUUACUUUAAAUGGCUGAAGGGGUUUCAAAUUAAAUGGUGUCCUGACUCGUCCUAAAUACACAAGAAUAGUUUUUAUUCUAAUGUAUGCGGACAAAACCACAGUUAGAAUUACAUUUCAGAAUCGGCUAUAUUAAUUUUAGUCUAAACAUUAUUAUAUUUAUAUCUGUGUACUGUCUGAAUAUUACGCGUCUUAAAAAUGUAAAUAAUACUUAAUAUCAUUGUUUCAAAGAGGACGUCCAUUGAUUAUGUAUUUUUUUUUAAUGAGAUUGGUAACCUGUUAGUGAAAACGUUUGUAUCAUUAUUGGUGUAUAUUAUUUAUUUUUAUAAUUAUAUUGAUAGAUUUUCCACUAUCUAACACAAAUUUUGCACUGAUAUUGGUGUAAUUUUUUUUAUAAUUAUGUUGAUAGAAUUUCCUUUGUCUAACACAAAUGUUGCACUAUUAUUGGUGUAAGUGUUCCUUUUUUAAAUUAUAUUGACAAAUUUUCUUUAUCUAAUGUUUAUCAAAAAAAAAAGGUAAAGAUUUCUUCAUUAGAGAUCAUAUCAUAGCCGCUCCCCCUAUUUAAUUAAUGGACGCUCCCAAACAAAAACAAGACCUAACCACACGAAUUAACAAGGACUUUAAAUAUACUUAUUUACAUGUAGUAAUGGAUACAUUUAUAGAUUGUGGAUGAGUGAUGUGGCUAGUUUAAAUAUUAAAUAAUAUAGAUACUUAAGUGUAUGUGUUCGUUAAAUGAUUGUAAGUGAAUGGUAACUUGUAUGGAACAGUGGCAUUUAUACAUUUGUUUGUCAAAUGUUAAUUUUAUUGUUGUACUUGUUUAUGUUAGCGAUCUACUUCUUGAUUACUCUGUUAUAGUCGAGAUCAGCACAUAGACAUAAAAAAAAAACUUUUACCUUUUUUUGUAGAAUUUUAAAACGGCUCUGAAAUUUAGCUGUAUGGUUCUCAUAGUGUGAUUUAUUUUUUUAAGCAGAUCUAUUAAAAUAUACCUGUCGUUUUUACGAAUUGUUGAAAAAUAUGCCAAAUAUACUCAUUUUAGGUUAUAGUAAUGAAUCUAAAACACCCAUACUUAUUGUUUAUAAUAUAAUAUUAUUUCAAAUAUCUAAACUGGUAACACUGUAACAGAACUCGAUUUAUCGCAUUAUAAUAAUAAAUAAGUCUAUCCGUCCCAAUCAAAGUACAAAACAAGGAGUAUACAUAAUCAUUUCUGGAUAUUUAUUGUAUCUGUCUACAUACAAUAGACACAUAAUACUGUACUUACUAUUUAGGUUAUAGCUAUUUUAAGAAUGUUAAAUGUGAAUACAAGUUAAUAAAUGUCAACAGUUCACUGAA